UCUCUCUCUCUCUCUCUCUCCCCUCUUGCGCAGACCCCCUCGACGCCUCGCUUUCUCUCUCUGUGUCCGCUUCUCUUGGUUUCUCUCUCUCUCUCUCUUCCCCACGAUCUUUCUCCCGUUUUACGCCUCACGCCGACGCCUCCGUCCUUAGUUUCCGUCGCCGAAGCCGGCCGCCACUCUCUACGCAGCCCAGCUCCUCCCCCCAUUCACGACGUCGCACGAAACCGCUGCCUAUCAUGCACCACCGCUGCCAAGGCUUUGCUCCAUAGGCCGCACUGCCACAAUCCUUUGCCUUUGCUGGUUGCUUCUUGUCACGCCGGUAAGUUUGUGUUGUCCCUUUCUUUCCUUUGUUUUCGUGUCUCUCUUUCUCUUUCUCUCAUAGGAUUGCCCCUGUGACUAGUAGAGGCCACCAGAGGUGGCCGCACAGCCUCAUUUCGCCAAAUGUUUCAGACCCCCACAAACCAUCUCCAAGCAGCGUCACCUCACUCUCGAAUUGACCGACCAUUGCUUCUAGUUGAGUAUGGUACCUUCGAUCUCUACCCAUGCUAUUACCCUUAGUUUUCAUGACUGAUUUGUUUGGUGCCUACUGGAAGAUUAGGCCGUCUAGUUGGAUGUUGGAAUUGUGGUUUGAGCAAUUUCAUGUGUAACACCCCUUCCCUUAGGUUAGGAAUGUCAUGUACAUACGUAAUUAAAGCCAGGCAAGAGACUUUAAUCACUACAGUUUGAAAAACAACUUAGACUAAUGACAAAAAAGGAAAAAGUUACUCGCCAAUUGAGGUUAAAUGGUACUUUUUGUAAUUAUAAAGAAUUGUACAUAAGUUUGACUAAAAGAUAUAAGUCUAAGAAAAUGACAAGACAUGAAGUAUUAUGGAACACAAGGGAAUAAAGAAACAAAGAUAACUUUACAGUAAGGGCACCAAUGUAAGUUUAACACAAAAAGGUACUCGGUUUUUCACACAAAUAGAGAUUGAACAUCAGAUUGAGAAAGAAAGGGCUUGAAGGCUUUUUGUAUAAAAACAUUUUAAUGUCAUUUUUGUAAUAUAUGUAAAUGACAUGUACUUAAAGAGAAAGUAGAAAAUAAUAUAACUUUUGAGUAGCGUUGACAUUUCUUUGCAAAUAACAAUGGUUAUGACAGAGAGGUUUAUGAGCUCACCAUGAAAGAAGGGCAGAGACGAUGUAGACGGCCAAACUUGGUUGAGACCAACGAUGGUAAAGUUUAUGUGGUGGCAAAGAAGUUAAAUGUAGGCUUGUUUAGACUAUGAGUUGAUGGAAGAUAAAAACAACCCAUCACUAAGGAAAGAUUGUGACAAAAUUUACCAAGAGAGCUGCGUGCAAUAGAACUGAGAUGGUUGGAGUUGAGAGUCACAAUGGUGCCGAAAUCGACCUCUUCUAAAAGUGAUGGUGAAGCACUGAGAGAAAAAAAAAAGGUUCGUGUCAUUCAGCCCAAAAGAAACAGCGUAGAGGAAGAGAGUGAGCGACCGACGGUCAUGGCUUACCAAAAUAACGCGAGGUUGAUAGGAAAUGACCGGUCGGUAGUUUCUUGUUUGCUGGAAUGGCUGGAGAGAAAUCCUAGGACAUUGACGGCGUAAGAGAAAAUUGUAGGAGAAAGAAGAAAUAUAAGGUUGAGGGUUCCGACACUUGUCCUCCGUUGCCAUCGUAACGUUUAGAUUAGUGAAGAAAACAUCCAAGAGGGAAUGUAACGUCAAUUGUAUCCAAUACCCCUUCCUUUUCCCAAUAUUAUUACGAAUUUGUUUUGUUGAUAUGGAAGUACCUUUUUUUGGAACUACCAUUAAAAAAUUAUGAUCAUAUAUUUGGUGUGGAAGUUGGCCAACAUUUGUGUUGGCAAGGUUUUCAAGUUCAUUCCCCAGUACUUAUUACUUGGGUUGUAAUUGCUAUCUCAUUAGGUUCAACCAUUAUAACUGUUCCUAAUCCACAAACAAUUGCUACUAAUAGUUAGAAUUUCUUCGUAUAUGUCCUUGAAUUCAUUCGAGACAUGAGCAAAACUUAGAUUGGAGAAGAAUAAGGUCCAUGGGUUUCCUUUAUUGGAACUUUGUUUCAAUUUAUUUUUAUUUCAAAUUGGUAAGGUGCUCUUUUACCUUGGAAAAUCAUACAGUUACCUCAUGGGGAAUUAGCUGCACUUGGUCGAUGGGUCGAUGGCGAGACAAUGUGCAGGGACUUUCGAACCGAGUCCUGGCAUCGCAAAAGAUCUUAAAGACAUUAAGGCAUUAUUAGGAAUGAAAAAUUAGUAAUAAAUAAUGAUACUAUAAAUUAUUAAAAUAACAAUAAUAAAAAUAAUUUAAAAUCCUUAAAUAAAAAUCUUGGCUGUUGCAAAUUUCCCCGCUAAAAGAAAUCUCGUCCUUGAGAUGGAAUGUACCUCAAUCAAGACAGGUAGGGGUAUUUUUUUCUCUCAGUGCUUCACCAUUACUUUCAGAAGAAGUCGAUUUAGGCACCCUUGUGACUCUAGACUUUGACCAUCUUAAUUCUGUUACAUGCAGCUCUCUUGGUAAAUUUUGUCAUAGUCUUUCCUCCUCAGUGAUCAGUUGUUUUUAUCUUCCAUCAACUCACUAUCUAAAAAUGCGACAUUUAACUUCUCUACCACCAUAGAAACUUUAACGUCGUUGGUCUCUGCCAAGUUUGGCCGUCUACAUCUUCUAUGCCCUUCACUCACUAUGACGUUGAUGGUUGUGACAAUUGGAAUCGAUGGCAUAUCAGGAUUAUAAGAGAAAUGUGAAACAAGUGCCAGGUGGCAUAAGUGAAUUGGUGAGAUUGUAGAGAAUAUGUCGUAGUGUCAAACUUUCUUUGGGAGGAUUUUUGAGGUAUUUGAUUUUGGAGGAUUAUUGUAUCUAAGUUUUAUAUUUUGUGGAUUUCAAGUUAAAAGGGUUCACCCCCAGGUACGGGGAGUGACACACUCUCUUUCAAGUCUGCUUACUCUCCCAUCUUUUACUCGGUCAACAUUUCUCACGCCACACAUUAGCAUUGUGGUCUCCCUUCCUAGCUGUCUCAUCUCUUGGCUGUCAGCACUUUUUCUCCCACCUGCACACCUCAGCCAUAAGACUCCCUGGAAAAGCACAAGACUUCAAGAUUUUUGAGGACUGAACUCUUAGCAUUCCUUAUGCAGUAAAGAUAAAUAGCACAAUACUGCAAGAUAUGCGACUCCAUAAAAUAUUCUUGUACAUGAGAAGAGUGGCCCAUUUAAGUAGGCUUAGUAGGACAGUUUAAGGGGAUAACAUCCAUUGAUGAUGAUGGAGCUUGAUACACCAAAUAUCAAACAUGUGAUCUGAAUCUCUAAAGGUUGACUUCUCUCUUGCUAAACCUCAUUUUCAAGAUACCCACCCCAUUCAUGAAACCAAUUGCUUAUCGUUCCUGCUUUUUUUCAAUUGCCAGACAACCACAAAGCCAAGUCUUCCUAACCCAAAAACCCCAAUUCACCCAGAAAAGGGUAGUUCUCACUGAAGAGUUGUGUGGUAAAGUAUUGGACCAAUACCCAGAUAUUCAAACCCUGAAGAAAACCCAUUCCAAGAUCAUUGUUGAUCAACAUUUUAACUCAAACCCUUCCCUUGGCAUUAAACUCAUGAGGGCCUAUGCAGCUCAUGGGGAACCCGGUCUCACACGCCACAUAUUUGAUGACAUUCCUGAGAAGAAUGUUGUUUUCUUUAAUGUCAUGAUAAGAAGCUACGUAAAUAACCAUUUAUAUCGUGAAGCUCUUCUUGUUUACAAAGCCAUGGCUAGCCAUGGAUUUGUGCCUGAUAAUUAUACAUACCCUUGUGUGUUGAAAGCAUGUUCUGCGUUGGAGGAUUUGAGGGUUGGGUUGCAAAUUCAUGGUGCUGUUAUAAAAGUUGGGCUUGAUUUGAACUUGUAUAUUGGGAAUGGUUUAGUUGCAAUGUAUGGGAAAUGUGGUUGUUUAAUGGAGGCUCGGCAAGUUCUUGAUGAGAUGCCCGAUAGAGAUUUGGUUUCCUGGAAUUCGAUGGUUGCUGGUUAUGCACAAAAUGUACGGUUUGAAGAUGCAUUAGAGGUUUGUAAAGAAAUGGAGGUGUUAAAACUAAAACCAGAUGCUGGAACAAUGGCUAGUCUGUUGCCAGCUGUAACUAACACAACGUCUAACAAUGUUACAUACGUUAAGGAGAUGUUCAUGAAGUUGACAAAAAAGACUCUGGUUUCGUGGAAUGUGAUGAUAGGAGUGUAUGUUAAUAAUUCAAUGCCUGAGAAAGCAGUUAAUUUAUAUUUGCAGAUGGAAGCAUAUGGGGUAGAACCAGAUGCAGUCACUAUUGCUAGUGUUCUUCCUGCUUGUGGGGAUCUUUCAGCUCUAUCUCUAGGGAGGCGGAUGCAUGACUAUGUUGAGAGGAAGAAACUUCGACCAAAUUUACUGUUGGAGAAUGCAUUGGUUGACAUGUAUGCUAAGUGUGGAAGUUUAAGAGAUGCGAGGGAAGUAUUUGACAGAAUGAAGUUCCGGGAUGUUGCAUCAUGGACCUCAAUGAUCUCUGCUUAUGGUCUUAAUGGGCAAGGUCGUGAUGCUGUGGCACUUUUUGUCAAAAUGCGGAACUUGGGUCUUAGUCCAGAUUCUAUUGCCUUUGUUUCAGUUAUCUCGGCUUGCAGUCAUGCGGGACUGUUGGAUGAGGGUCGAUAUUACUUUAAAUUGAUGGCUGAGGAGUAUAGGAUAAUUCCAAGGAUUGAACACUUUUCUUGCAUGGUAGAUCUGUUAGGACGUUCUGGACAAGUAGAUGAGGCCUAUAAUUUUAUCAAGCAGAUGCCAGUGGAGCCUAAUGAGAGAGUUUGGGGGUCUCUGCUGAGUGCCUGUCGGGUGUACUCGAAUAUGAAUAUUGGGCUUCUAGCUGCUGAUCACCUUUUCCAAUUGGCUCCUGAGCAGUCAGGUUAUUACGUGUUGUUAUCCAACAUCUAUGCAAAGGCUGGCAGAUGGCAAGAUGUAGCAACUAUCCGAACAAUUAUGAAGAGUAAAGGAAUUAAGAAAAGGCCUGGCAACAGCAACAUUGAGCUUAAUGAUAGGAUUCACACCUUUCUUGCUGGAGACCAAUCACAUCCACAAUCUAAGGAAAUAUAUGAAGAGUUAGACGUGCUAGUGGGAAAGAUGAAAGAAUUAGGGUAUGUUCCUGAGACUUAUUCUGCCCUACAUGAUGUUGAGGAGGAGGAUAAGGAAUGUCAUCUGGCCGUUCAUAGUGAGAAGUUGGCUAUUGUCUUUGCCAUUUUGAACACUGAACCAGGGACGCAGAUUAGAAUUACCAAGAAUCUCCGUGUCUGUGGGGAUUGCCAUAUUGCAGCCAAGCUUAUCUCCAAGAUAGCUGAACGUGAAAUAAUUAUCAGGGAUAAUAAUCGAUUCCACCAUUUCAAGACUGGUAUUUGCUCCUGUGGUGAUUAUUGGUGAACCUUCUUGGAGUAGUUAUCACUUAAAUGUUGCUCUAGGCUUUCCUCGGACAUUCUUUUCAUACUGUUUUUAGAUGAUCAUCCCGCUUCAUCUUCAACGUGAUGAGGAACAAGCAUUAACUUUUGUUGAUAGAGUUGAAUCUUGAAGCAAAUCAAUUUUCUGGAACAGUCCUCUCAGAACUUGGGAUGCUAGUUAAUUUGGAAACAUUGAUGUUAUCCUCAAAUAAUUUGACUGGAAAUUUACCCAAGGAACUUGGCAGGCUGAAAAACUUGACAGAUUUGAGAAAAUGACAGUGUAGAUCUACUAGAGGAUUUGGCCGGGAAAACGGUAACAGAACUGACUGCAUAGCAUGCAGCAUGACCCACAUGUUGUCUGAAUUUAAUAGCGGGGAGGAGUUGAAUGAGCAACGUUUGUACAAGAAUUUCGAUGUCAUUGGGUUGUGAAUGUCUAGCUCGGCACUGAUUCCCCAAAAUGAUAAAGACUUAAUGACAAAGCUUUUAUUAUGGUGUUUCGAUCAAUGGUUCCCAACUUUGAAAACUACCUUUAGAGCUUAAUUCUGGCCAUUUAUGCUGAUUCCUGCAAAAUGAAUGAAGAGGAGUUUUAUCUCUCA